AUGGCUUCCUUCUCUCGUUCUAUUCUCUCCAAGCUCCCCCAGGAGCUCAUCGACCUCUUCAUUGACUGCCUCGACGACGACGCCGAGGCGCUACGAGCCUGCUCCACCGUCUGCAGCUCUAUGAGACGUCGCAGCCAGACUCUCCUCUUCAGUCAUCACAAGCGCGUCUCAUUUCUCCAGCCAUCCGCACUCCUGUCGUCAUUCGACCGCUCGUGGUACCCAUUCUACCAGAGCUCUCGCGAGCUGGCCGCACCGAUUUACAGCCUCCGCGAAUUUCACUCGAAGGUUUCCAACCACGCCCACCUCGCACGAUGGAUCAGAGAAAUUACUGUGGCUUACGACAUGCUCGAGUUUCUUCAAGGCAUGACCGGCCAUCUCCUUCACCGCGUUCUUGCCCACUUCCCUCGCCUUGAAAGCCUGACCAUCACACAGGCCUCCGCGCGGGAGCCUUCCUUCCGCCAGCUCAAGUACGACUCCAGGUUAAACUCCACUUCCUUCGCCAUCCGCGUCGCCCUUGCGCCGAUCCUCCCCACCUCCCCCAUUCGCCGCAUCACCCUCAAAGAUGUCCAGAUGGAUCCAUACCACCUCUCGAGCUGCAAGCGCUUGCGUGAGUUGGAACUGAAGGGCCAGACGAACUUCGUUCUUGCAUCUGCCCCACUUCCUCUUCAAGACGCGGAGCGUCCUCGUUUGGACACUCUUAGAGCCGACUUGGGCUGUCAUGCCUUCCAUUCCUUGGUUAGGUACUGCGCCGAGCCCAAUCCUCCGCUCAUCCUCAGCGGCAUUCGAACGUUCGCGACCAAGGAAUCUGCGACCUGGAAGGAGGACUUCCAGCACGUCCUUACGUACUUCAAGGAACUGGUCCACCUUGAGCUUGCGUUGGCGAUCCUUGACGGCGAUGUCAACGAACACGAAUGGAUCGACCUCUCGUCGCUGUCCAAGCUCACUACUCUAUCCCUCCACCUUCAAAGUACACGCGGCAAGUACAAGGCCACCCGCAACCAGGUCCAAGCCUUCACCAGACGCUGCUCUCGCAUCAUCGCCAACCUCCCUCGAACCAGCCAAAUUACGGAAAUCUCCUUCACUUUUGGCUACGAAAACGAGGUGGUCUUCGGCCCUUGGGAGUUCCGUCGCCAGGAACCUCCGUAUCAUCGCUACAACCCUAUUAGCAGCUUCCAAAAGAACCAGCAGUACGACUGGUACGACGUCGACUCGACCCUCACUUUUUUGGCGCCGAGGAAGUUGGAGCGUGUGCGCUUCAGGAUCGGAUCCUCGUGGACGACGUUCAUCGACAUUGAGGAGAUCUUGCCUAGGGUGAAGUCGGAUGGGAAGAUAAACGUUGAGGUUAACUACGCCCACGACAUCGAGCCGGCAUACUGGUGA